AUCCUGUUUGUGGGAAACCCAGAUGACUUGCUUUCCUUACUCCUGGGUCAGAAGCCUAUUUGGAAUCUGUGUAAUUGGCUUUACGAAUCAGGAAGAAAUUGCUGGAGCCUCUCAUACCAGUGGCUGCUGAGGUAGAAGACUCUGGAAAAAGAAAAAACAAAACUUUUGAGGGGCCCAGGCUAUGCCUGAAGGAUUUCCAAGAUGACCAAGAUACCAGCCACCAAGAAGAUGCAGAGUGCCCCCAACACAGGGGCCCUCUGGCCCUUUUAUGCCUCAGAACAUCUAACACAGGUGCCAGACAAGCCAAUGAGGAGCAUCAAGUAUAUGGACAAGGAAAUAAUAAACCUCAAAAAAGACCUUGCACGAAGCCGCAUGCUGAUCCAGUCCACGAAGAUAGGCCGCGGCUACUUCAGCAUGCUGCGAGAAGAGAGCGCCUUGAAAAAGAAGCAACAGCAACUUCAGAAACUCAAAGAGGAAGAAAGACACAAAUUCCAGCCAGCCAAAAAGAUGUCAGACAUCCAUUACAGCGAAAUUCUUCUGACCACAUACGAUGACGAGAAGGUUAAGAAGACGGGCGCUGGAUUCAUUCGCCCCUUCAUCCCCGUGCACAGCUGUAUCAUCCUGCCCUCGCUGCCCGAGGCUCACGUGGAGCCCCUCUUCCGCCAGCUCUGUGCCCUCCACUGGCUUCUGGAGGCCUUGACUAUCGACCACACCCACCACACCAUGAAGCCUGUGAUCACCUGCUGGAAUCCAAAGGACCCGGGUGGAAGCAAGAGCACAAUAAAAAAAAUCAAUAAGGACAAGUCCAUGGGACAGAGGUGGGAGCACUUCGUCACGGCGCCUAAGACCAAGAAAUUCAAAAUUCCUGUACUCCGCGUCACCAGCCGCAAACCAAGCCGGCGAGCCUCCACACUCAGUCUGUCUCGGACCAGUGGGGGAUCAUCCCCCCAGAGCAGCAUGGUCUCCAUGAACCCCGGCUCAGAUGAGCCCCCGAGUGUGAUCACCCAGGCGACAGGCAGCAAGGACAUUGAGGACAAUGAAUCCUCUUCAACCAAGCCUGAUGAAGAACCCCUCCAUGUCAAUUUGCAGAAGCUGCUGGAAAUGGUUCGGGAAGAUGCCCGAAGGACAAUCAUGUUGGAAAAUGGGAUGCAAAGAAAAGCACCCAGUAUCUUGUCUAUGCUCAAACAAAACAAGAGUGAUUUGGCCUAUAAAGACAUGCAGACCACCCGCAAGUCAAGUGACAGAUCCAGCAGUACAAGUGGAGAAAGCCACACCCAAGUCAUCCAGAAGAAGUCUAAAAGCCGCACCAACCGUGACAUCAUCCAAUGCAAGACUGGCGUGUGCAGCUCCAUGAGGGCCAAGUUCUACAGCGUGGCCCAAGAGGCUGGUUUCUGUCUUCAAGACAAGAUGGAAAUCCUUAUGAAGCGCCAAGAAGAGAGAGGUCUCCAGAAGUUCCAUUCUUUCGUCAUUGUCUCAAAUUUUAAAAAGGAUAUAGCAAAAAUGAGGCAUCAAGUCUCCAUGGCAAAAGGAGAUGCAGAAGAAAUUGCAGACCAUUGGUACUUUGACCUGCUGUCCAAACUCCCUGAGGAUCUGAAGAAUUUCCGCCCCGCCAAAAAGAUCCUGGCGAAACUCCAGAAGUUUGGGGAAAACCUGGACCUCAGGAUCCGGCCCCAUGUCCUCCUGAAGGUGCUGCAGGACCUGAGAAUCUGGGAGCUGUGCUCUCCGGACAUUGCUGUGGCUAUCGAGGUAAUCACUGUGUUCUGUCCGCUCCUUGCUAUGCCUCCCGUGCCCUUAUUCGGGCAUCUCUCAAUGUCCAGGCACUGGUUAAGCACUGCAGACCCAACUGAAAAGACAUAAGGUCUCUGCCUUCACGGAGCUCAUCAUCUAACAGGCGAGGGAUUACCAUAUGACCUUGGUGGUUCAACUCCAGGGGAAAUUAUAUUCAGGUAAACGGUGCCCCCAGGGGAAACCUGGAAGCUUUAGAGAGACAUAAAUAAAUGCGCAAGUGAAUAAAAUAACUUAACAAUCAUAAUAAGGAGCUCUCUAAAUGUGGCCCAUGGGCCAGCAAGCAUAGACCUCACCUGGGUGCUUGUUAGAAAUGUGGAAUCUCGGGCUUCAAACCAUUAUCUACGGGACUCAGAAUCUACAUUUAAAUGAGAUCCCAGGUGAUUUGUAUGCACAAUACAGUUUAAGGAGCACUGAUUUAGGGUAAACAUAGAGGGAACCUAUCUUAACUAGGGCGACUGGGAACCUUAACUAAGGUGACUUUUUUGAGCUGAAACAGAACUUGACUUGUGGGAGGGACUCAUUGGCAGUCAAUGGGUUGAGAAGGAAGCAAGCAAGGAGGGGCGAGGUUGCCAGGGGACUGGAGAGGUCAGUCUGUGCAGACUUUUGGAAAGUCAGGUUAAGGAUUUAGAUCCUUCUCUCAAGGCUGCAGGAAAGCCUCUGAAUGGUUUUUAAUGGUAACUUAUCAUCACCACCCACCCUAGACAUUCUUAGGGUAUCAGCAGAUGACGGAGAGUCUGAGAGUCACUUCCUUAAUUUCAUCAGAUGGCCUAAGUACAUUUUUUUUUUUAAGUGGGCUCCAUGCCCAGCGUGAUGCCCAACACAGGGCUUGAACUUAUGAGCAUGAGAUUGAGACCCAAGCUGAGAUCAAGAGUCAGAAGCUUAACUGAUGAAGCCACCGAGGUGCCCCAGAUGGUCUAUGUACAUUUUAAUAGGGCUUUCAAUGUCUCAAGAUAAAAACGGGACUCAAACGGUGGAGUUCUCAGUCCUCUGGGUGUUUUCCUGCUGAGCUGGCCCUCUCACAGGCUGACCUGGGAGUGUAUACGUGGUGUAAGGUCAGGAGUGGGGGAAGGGGGUGACCCUGUGGACAAAUUCAUAGGUCCAGACUGCACCCCCCACAUCCUGUGAGGCUCCUUAAGGAAAGACUGGGAAGCCAGUCCAAAACUCACUCAAGGGCAACUCUCCACUCCCCACUUGCCAGUUAUGGGGUCCACCAUCCACCUGCCAAUUAUGGGGUUGUAGAAGAGGCAAUCUCCAACUGGGUUACGUGUUAGAAACGUGGAAUCUCGGGCUUCAAAUCAUUAUCUACUGACUCAGAAUCUACAUUUAAAUGAGGUCCCAGGUGAUUUGUAUGCACAAUACAGUUUAAGGAGCACUGAUUUAAGGUAAACAUAGAGGGAACCUAUCUUAACUAGGGCGACUGGGAACCUUAACUAAGGUGACUUUUUUGAGCUGAAACAGAACUUGGGGUGGGUGUAUGCAGGCUCAGAGGUGAGUUCGCCACCCUGGCUAGUAAAACUCAGCAUGCUCUUCUCCCAGUGAGAACAUCACGGAAUGUCUGAUACCCGGGACAUGGGAGUCUUUUAAUCUAGAACUUGUAUGAAACCACAUUUUGUGUCCUAAAAGCCUUUUUCGGAAGUGAGCUCUUAGUAACCAUCAAUUCUCAAAGAGGUCUACAAACAAACAAACAAACAAAACUGUUUAAGGACAACUGACUUUUAAAGAUAUUAAGGAUUAGGACAGAAAGAAAAAAAGAAAAAUGCAGAGAGCUGGGGUUUUCCUGCCCCCCCCCCAAUUUCUCUGGGUCAGCAGUAACAAAAAGGGGCUUACAAUUAGUCUGCUGAACCAGGA